AUGCCUUUAGAGGGCGCUCGUGUUCUACAGUCUAUGGAGGGGACAGAAGCGCUCAGGCUGCGCCAGGCUCACGGGGCUUCAGAACUCAUUCAUUCCGCUCAGCCUGCACAGGACGAAGCUCUGUCUCCGCCUCUAUCUCCUACUGUUGAAUCUCUCCCUUUAUUCCUGAACCAAAGUGAAGCACGGGACUACUGUGGAACUGGGGCCGAUUCCUGUCGCACUGAGAAGAGGCGAUGGACGGGUGACCUUGCUUGCAUCUUACUGGCUUGUUGGAGUUCUUUGUACAUCCUGGUCCCAGCGGAAGCGAUGGCCAAGAGUCCUGAGGUGAAGCUGGCAGUGUUUGGGAGAGCGGGAGUCGGCAAGUCAGCUUUGGUGGUGAGAUUUCUGACCAGGCGCUUCAUCUGGGAGUACGACCCCACCCUUGAAUCUACGUAUCGGCAUCAAGCCAACAUCGAUGAUGAGGUGGUCACCAUGGAGAUCCUGGAUACAGCAGGACAGGAGGACAUCCAGCAGAAGGAGGGCCACAUGCGCUGGGGCGAUGGUUUCAUCCUGGUGUACGACAUCACAGACCGCGGCAGCUUUGAGGAGGUGGCACCUAUUCGAACACUUUUAGAGGAAGUCAAAAAACCCAAGAACGUCCCGCUGGUUUUAGUGGCAAACAAGUCUGACCUGGAGCACAUCCGGCAGGUGAGCACGGAGGAAGGAGAGCGCCUGGCCUCGGAGAUGGCCUGCGCCUUUUAUGAGUGCUCAGCGUGCGCGGAUGCGAGCGGCGGGGUGGCAGAGGCCUUCCACGAGCUCUGCAGAGAAGUGCGGCGCCGCAAAGCCGUGCAAGGGAAAGCACGCCGACGCAGCUCCACCACGCACGUCAAGCAGGCCAUAAACAAGAUGCUCACCAAGAUCAGCAGCUAG